AUUAUGGGACGGUGUGCUGGUCUGUCCCACUGUAAACUGGCUCUGGCCUUCGCUGUGCUGAUGGACGUCCUGGGGGGGGGUGCUGGUGGGGGUCUUCGCCCCCUUGGAGAUCCAGGACAGGACUUUGGAGACCUGCUGGUCUACACUGGGGCGCUGCUGGUGCUCAUGUCACUGGGUGGGUGGGUCCUGUGGUACAGCGGCAACAUUGAAGGCCUGACGUCCAGGAAGGACCUGGGACACAUCGGCAGCACUGUGGACCGCCUGGCACGGAACCUGAGCCGCAAGAUCCUGAGCUACAGGAGCCGCAGCUGA